CCAACGGAGGCGCACCAUCUCGAUAUGGUGUCCAAGGAUACGCAGCAGGGCGUUCCUCCACUUUCUUGCAGCUUCUCCCGUUCCAGACGCCAAAUGCUAUAAAACGGGGGUCCUUCCCAUCCCUCCCCGAUUCUUCUUUCCAGCAUAUUUUCAUUGCAAAAACUCCAACCAGCCUACCCAAAACUCUUCCAAAACUCUCAUCUGUCCCUAGCCCCACAUCUAUUCCACCCCACGCAACCCAAUUCCAGAUCAACAACCCUACUCACCCUUGCAUUCGUCGUCGUCCUCCCAAGUCGACGAUCAAACAUCAAGAGCACGAAAGCGCACUCGAACUCCACGGGCACAUCUCUCUUUGCCCACCAACCCUUCGACUGGAGAUCCAUCUUCACUCGAACCCCGCGUCAACCAAAAUAUAACCAAAAAGCCACGUUUCGGCAACCCUCUCCAACCACGCCUCACCCACCACAUCCCCCAAUAACCUUCACAAUAAGUCGCCAAAGAUGCCUGCAAUCGCCCCCCUCUCAGCCCCCUCCAGCGUGCUCUCAGCCUUGAAGGGCCUGCUGCAUGGCAAGCCCACCCCCGUGCCCACCAAGGCGCGCAUCGUGCCCGCGUUCAACCAGGAGGCCGACGAGGCGCGCUGGAACAUGGUUGAGAAACUGCUUAAGGAUGAUUUUGAGAACCAUCAUGUGGAGGUGUUGAACCAGCAUACGAAGAGUUACCAGCCGAAUUAUAUUGCGCAUUCGCUUUUGUCGCUUUAUAAGGUCAAUGCCUCCGAGACCAUUCUCAAAGAGCGUUACGACCUGGAAAGCAAGAUGCUCACCCCCGUCGGGCCCUCCAUCACCGAAAUCAACGCCAACAACUGGAAAGACUUCCUCGGCAAAGGCCAAUCCCACUACGCCGACUACGCCUCCUUCUUCCUCUCCGAGAUCCACGCCAAAGGCAUCGAACCCACCGUCUCCACCUACCUCCCGACCCUCAUCGCCGGUCUCGGCGGCGACUGCUUCCACCCCCUCGUCCACCUCGGUCUUGGCUUGGAAUUCCAGCAACCCCUGAUCGUGGCGCAAGGUCUUGCCUUCUGGUCGUACACCUACGCCCCGAUCGUCGAGACUCUCCCCGCCGUGCUCACCGACCAGUACGAAACGGCGAACAUCAUCGAGAUCCUGCAAGAUGCGCGCGAAGACACCCGCUUCGACCCGGACCAGAUCCAGAAGAACUGGGGCGCGAUCGACUACCACAAACGUGUCCGCAAGGCCAUCUCCUCCCAGCUCGGCGCCAACCUCGCGGAACUCGUCGCGGAAUGGAAGGUCGAGGAUACCGAGCAGAGCGUCCAAUCCGCGCUGGAGGAGCUCGUCGACGCCACCGUCCUUUCGUCCGCGACCACAUGCCACCCCUACCCGCAACAGCUCGACUUUCCCUUAACCCACGCCCUGAUCGCCGCCGCCUCGCUCAACCACACCCUCCCCCACAUCCCCGAGGCGAAAGACAAGGCCCACCUCCUCCGCCGCUUCCUCCUCGCCUUCCUCGCCCUGUACGUCUCCCAGGGCCGCCCCACCCUCCACCCCGACCGCCUCGAGGCCGUGUACGCCGACUCGAUCGAGGACGGGGAAACCAACGCCAACCUCUCCACCUCCCCGCUGGGCUCGCCCACCCUCCCCAACACCCCGCAGCUGAUGGCGCGCGAAUGGUACGCGCUCGCGGGCGCCCCCGCCCACGUCGACGACGACGUCCACGUGAUGGAGGUCGUGGCAGCCCUGCGCGGGUGGGAGGCCGCGUUCGGGGCCAAGAACGGGCUGUACAUCAAAGCGGCCAAGGUCGUGCGCAGCGUCGUCAAGACGGGCAGCGGCGAGGAGUGGGAGUUUAGAGGCGCGGGAUACCCGCCGGCUUCGUCGUUUGCGCUGGAGGAGGAGGAGUAGAUUUAGAGGAAAUUUUCAAUGUUCGCCGCACCCACCCACACAUUUUAAACCCUCCCUUCCUCGUUGUACUUUUGGGAGAUGGGGGCGCUAGAAUCUUUUCGUUCCUUUGGGGGAUAGUCAAGAAGCUGGGCUUUGCUUGAUUGGUUUUUUUUGUUGGGUUGGGAGGAAAGGGCUACUCAUACCCGCCCGCCCUCUGCCUUUUUUUUUUGCUUUUUUGAUAAUGUUCGGGCUCCUUUCUCAGCGUAUCGAACGAAAUGCAUAAAAAUGGAAUGUUUUUGGAAAA